CUAUGCUUUGGGAAGGGGAAGCUGAUCCUAGAUCUGUGCCUAAGGGCAACAUCUUCCCAGAGCUUGUUUUCUUGUAAGGGGUUCAGAGAACAGUGUUGUACCCCUGACCUUUGCCCUUUCCCCUGCAGGCAGACCCGGGAGCAGGAGACGCCCCCUGACUUCUUCUACUUCUCGGACUUUGAGAGACACAAUGCUGAGAUCGCUGCCUUCCAUCUGGACAGGUAAAUCCCACACCUGUACCUGACACGGAAGAAUCCACAGUGUGUAUGUGUGUGUGUGUGUGUGUGCUCGUGCGUGCACACCCACCACCUCUGAAGUUAGUCAGACACCCACCACCUCUGGAGUUAGUCACACACAUUGUGUCAUCAUUUACGUAUGGCAUCAAUAUGUGUCAAAAAUAAAUAAAUAAAAUAAUGUAUCUCCCCCAAAAAAAUGCAUACAGGGAGGGACCAGGAAAUGAGGUCACAAUCCAGACACAGCGGACGGAUAAGAGAUACAUUUUAAUACCAUGUGUAGACUCAUAUCUGAAAAUGUGGACACAAUCAGAAGAUCAGGACAAAGGACGCAUGUUAGCGGCAGGUAUAAACGGGGCUCAUGUCUGUAUAUCUGAGGAACAGUUAGCAGGCAGAGUUCUGUGUGUUACUCUAAUAAAGCUCUAAUCAUCAGGAGUCUCAUGAGUCGUACUGACUGACUGGCUGAGCACUGCCUUCCUGAUCUUAUAGGUGCAUCUCAAAUGGCACCCUUUUUCCUACAUAGUGCACUACAUUUGAACAGAGCCCUAUGGUGCACUAUGUAGGAAAUAAGGUUCCAUUUGGGAUGCAACCUAUAACAGCAGGAAGGCCAUAGGGCUCCGGUCAAAAGUAGUGCACUAUGUAGGGAAUAUGAUUCCAUUUGGGACAUAGAUUUGAUUUAACAAUGACUAGCUAACCCAACCACCCGGCUCUGUCUGCUCUGUCUGCUCUGUCUGUCUGUCUGGUCUGCUCUGUCUGCUCUGUCUGUCUGGUCUGCUCUGUCUGCUCUGUCUGUCUGGUCUGCUCUGUCUGCUCUGUCUAUCUACUCUGUCUGCUCUGUCUGCUCUGUCUGUCUGGUCUGCUCUGUCUGCUCUGUCUGUCUGGUCUGCUCUGUCUGUCUGGUCUGCUCUGUCUGCUCUGUCUAUCUACUCUGUCUGCUCCGUCUGUCUGGUCUGCUCUGUCUGCUCUGUCUAUCUACUCUGUCUGCUCUGUCUGCUCUGUCUGUCUGCUCUGUCUGUCACCUCUGUCUGCUCUGUCUGUCUGCUCAGUCUGUCUGUCUGUCUGUCUGUCUGUAUGCGUGUCUGUCUGUCUACACUCUGUAUUAUAAUAAUACUGCCAUUAUGUUACACUCCGUAUUAUAAUAAUACUGCCAUGGUUACGCUCCAUAUUAUAAUAAUACUGCCAUGCUUACGCUCCAUAUUAUAAUAAUACUGCGAUGGUUACGUGCCAUAUAUAAUAAUGCUGCCAUGGUUACGCUCCGUAUUAUAAUAAUACUGCCAUGAUGGUUACGCUCCGUAUUAUAAUAAUAUUAUAAAAUAAAAUAAAAUGUAUUUGUCACAUGCGCCGAAUACAACAGGUGUAGACAUUACAGUGACAUUUUUACUUACAAGCCCUUAACCAACAAUGGGAAAAUAAGUGUUAAGUAAAAAAUAGAUAAGUAAAAAAAUAUGAAAAAUAACAAAAUAAUUAAAAAGCAGCAGUAAAAUAACAGUAGCGAGGACUAUAUACAGGGGGUACCUGUACAGAGUCAAAGUGACUAUGCAUAGAUAAUAAACAGAGAGUAGCAGCAGCGUAAAAGAGGGGCUGGGGGGGGGGACAAUGCAAAUAGUCCGGGUAGCCAUUUGAUUAGCUGCUCAGGAGUCUUAUGGUUUGGGGGUAGAAGCUGCUAAGAAGCCUUUUGGACCUAGACUUGGCGCUCCGGGACCGCUUGCCGUGCAGUAGCAGAGAGAACAGUCUAUGACUAGGGUGGCUGGAGUCUUUGGCAAUUUUUAGGGCCUUCCUCUGACACCGCCUGGUAUAGAGGUCCUGGAUGGCAGGAAGCUUGGCCCCAGUGAUGUACUGGGCCAUACGCACUACCCUCUGUAGUGCCUUGCGGUCAGAGGCUGAGAAGUUGCCAUACCAGGCGGUGAUGCAACCAGUCAGGAUGCUCUCGAUGGUGCAGCUGUAUAACUUUUUGAGGAUCUGAGGACCCAUGCCAAAUAUUUUCAGUCUCCUGAGGGGGAAUAGGCUUUGUCGUGACCUCUUCACGACUGUCUUGGUGUGUUUGGACCAUGAUAGUUUGUUGGUGAUGUGGACACCAAGGAACUUGAAGCUCUCAACCCGCUCCACUACAGCCCUGUCGAUGAGAAUGGGGGCGUGCUCGGUCCUCCUUUUCCUGUAGUCCACAAUCAUCUCCUUUGUCUUGAUCACGUUGAGGGAGAGGUUGUUGUCCUGCCACCACACGGCCAGGUCUCUGACCUCCUCCCUAUAGGCUGUCUCAUCAUUGUUGGUGAUCAGGCCUACCACUGUUGUGUCGUCAGCAAACUUAAUGAUGGUGUUGGAGUUGUGCUUGGCCAUGCAGUCAUGGGUGAACAGGGAGUACAGGAGCGGACUGAGCACGCACCCCUGAGGGGCCCCCGUGUUGAGGAUCAGCGUGGCAGAUGUGUUGUUACCCACCCUUACCACCUGGGGGCGGCCCGUCAGGAAGUCCAGGAUCCAGUUGCAGAGGGAGGUGUUUAGUCCCAGGGUCCUUAGCUUAGUGAUGAGCUUUGAGGGCACUAUGGUGUUGAACGCUGAGCUGUAGUCAAUGAAUAGCAUUCUCACGUAGGUGUUCAUUUUGUCCAGGUGGGAAAGGGCAGUGUGGAAUGCAAUAGAGAUUGCAUCAUCUGUGGAUCUGUUGGGGCGGUAUGUAAAUUGGAGUGGGUCUCAGGUUUCUGGGAUAAUGGUGUUGAUGUGAGCCAUGACCAGCCUUUCAAAGCACUUCAUGGCUACAGACGUGAGUGUUACAGGUCGGUAGUCAUUUAGGCAGGUUAUCUUAGUGUUCUUGGCACAGGGACUAUGGUGGUCUGCUUGAAACAUGUUGGUAUUACAGACUCAGUCAGGGACAGGUUGAAAAUGUCAGUGAAGACACAUGCCAGUUUGUCAGCGCAUGCUCGGAGUACACGUCCUGGUAAUCCAUCUGGCCCUGCGGCCUUGUGAAUAUUGACCUGUUUAAAGGUCUUACUCACAUCGGCUACGGAGAACGUGAUCACACAGUCGUCCGGAACAGCUGAUGCUCUCAUGCAUGCUUCAGUGUUUGUUGCCUUAAAGCGAGCAUAGAAGGGAUUUAGCUCGUCUGGUAGGCUCGUGUCACUGGGCAUCUCGCGGCUGUGCUUCCCCCUUGUAGUCCGUAAUAGUUUGCAAGCCCUGCCACAUCCGACGAGCGUCGGGGCCGGUGUAGUACGAUUCAAUCUUAGUCCUGUAUUGACGCUUUGCCUGUUUGAUGGUUAGUCGGAGGGAAUAGCAGGAUUUCUUAUAAGCAUCCGGGUUAGAGUCCCGCUCCUUGAAAGCGGCAGCUUUCAGUGCGGAUGUUGCCUGUAAUCCAUGGCUUCUGUUUGGGGUAUGUACGUACGGUCACUGUGGGGACGACGUCAUCGAUACACUUAUUAAUACUGCCUUGGUUACUCUCCGUAUUAUAAUAAUGCUGCCAAAUGUUACGCUCCAUAUUAUAAUAAUACUGCCAUGCUUACUAUCCGUAUUAUAAUAAUACUGCCAUGGUUACACUCCGUAUUGUAAUAAUACUGCCAUGGUUACACUCCGUAUUAUAAUAAUACUGCCAUGAUGCUUACACUCCUUCUUAUAAUAAUACUGCCAUGGUUACGCUCUGUAUUAUAAUAUUACUGCCAUGGUUACGCUCCUUAUUAUUAUAAUAAUUAUAUUAUGGAGCGUAACCAUCAUGGCAGUAUUAUUAUAAUACGGAGCGUAACCAUGGCAAUAUUAUUAUAAUACAGAGCGUAACCAUGGCAGUAUUACUAUAAUGUCGGAGCGUAACCAUAAUGGCAAUAUUAUUAUAAUACGGAGAGUAACCAUGGUGGUUAAACUCAGUAAUAUAAUAAUACUGCCAUGGUUACGCUCCGGUCUCCAUAGCUACAUACUGUAGUGACGUGGAGGUCUGCUAGUUUUCUUUCAGGUCAUUCAUUCUAUGUCCUUUAUAGUCCCCUGCCACGGCCCUUUUCACACAACAAGGCUUUUCUCUGUCUGGCUCUUGUAUGUUGAGACACAACAGUUGUAGUCAACACGGCUGUGGUGUGAAGUUGGUGAUGAUAAUGUACUUGUUAUCGCUUAGGCUUUCACACACAUACAUACACACACAGUGUACAUAGAUAAAGUAUAAAGCUGGUUAAAGCUGUAUCUGCCUGGAGGCACAAUUUAGCAUUCAGCAAUAGCAGACAGUCUGCCACACAUCUGGUAUGUCACUAGACCCAGUUGGCACACACACACACACACACACACACACACACUCUCUCUCUCUCACACACACACACACACACACACACACACACACACACUCACACACACACACACACACACACACACACACAGGCAUGCGUUGUAGGGAAGGGGGAGAGGAAACCAAAGGCAUGAAAAGCCCUGCUCCCUUCUAAAUAUAAGCCAGGCAGAGACUAGGGUUAUGAUUAGGGUUAGCCAAAAGCAGCCGUUUAGUUUUUCACAUUUGGUUUCUGGUCUAAUUGAAAGCUUCAGCGUUGUCGUCGGGUACGGGCUAACUAUCUAGUCUGAGGCUGCUCUGUCUUCUUUCCCAGGAGGCCGCAGCCACACACACACACACACACACACAUACACACAGGCACGUGCACAAACACAGGUACACACUUUCCAUUUGGGCUUUUAAGGUGGGGUCUAUGCACCAUUAAUUAUCUGAUUUUAUUAAAAGGGGGAAAUGCUGUCUAAAAUGUGGUCUCGGUUUACUUUGAAAUUAUGUGGGAUGGAGGGUGGAGGGUGGAGGGUGUAGGAGGGAGGCAAUGAAGGGGGAGGGUGGAGGUAGAGGAGGGAGGGGAGGUAGAGUAGAAGAGGUGUGAGGUUGAGGAGGGAGAUGGGGAGGGAGGGUGGAGGUGAAGUGAGGAGGGAGGGUGGAGGUCUGGGGGUGUUGAGUUAGCGGAGAGUGCGGUCGGCGGGAGGGUGGCGGUGAGGAGAGUGGAGGUCGGAGAUGGCGUUAGAGGAGGUGGAGGUAGCAUAGGUAGGGAGGGGAGGUGUGGAGUUUAAGGAGGCGGUAGAGGCGGGCGGGUUGGGUGCGGCGGGUGGGGUAGCGGAGGGGGGUUGAGGUGGAGGGUGGCGGUGAGGCGAGUGGGGUGAGAAGGUGGCGUGAGGCGGGUGGAGUGGCGGUGGGUGGGUUCGCGGUCGGAGGGUGGGGUGAGUGAGGGGGUGGCGGGGGGGUGAGGAGGGUGGGAGGGUGGAGGUCAGACGAGGUGGGGUGAUGCGGGUGGGGUCCAGGGGCUAGGGUGGUGUCGGGGUGGAGGUAGCGGAGUGCUAGGGGAAAUGGAAUCCAGAACUUUUUCCAUGUUUGCAUGUCAGAUCCCCCAUAAGGCCGUGCGGUGCCUCAAAUCUCUGACAGCCAGAGGGAAGGAAACAUGGCUCAAACACUCUGCUCUCUAUCACGCUCUGCAACAUAACGGGACAAUUUGUAUCUUGGAGCGCUUUCGCUCUUUAUGUGUGUAUGUGCACAGAAUAUCAAAUCAAAUGUAUUUGUCACAUGCGCCGAAUACAACAGGUGUAGACCUUACAGUGAAACGCUUACUUACAUGCCCUUAACCAACAAUGCAGUUUUAAGAAAGAAUACCAAAGAAAUCACACCAAAAAAUACAAUAUAGAAAUAAUACGAAAUAAAAGUAACAAAUAAUUAAAGAGCAGCAGUAAAAAUAACAAUAGCGAGGCUAUAUACAGGGGGAACCGGUACCGAGUCAAUGUGUGGUGGCACCGGUGUGGGCGCAGAUGUGUAUGUGUGUAUGUCCUGUGAAUGUGUGUAUGUCCUGUGAAUGUGUGUAUGUCCUGUGAAUGUGUGUAUGCAUGAACUAUGCAGAUGUUCUGUGUUUACAGUAUUUUCAGCGCAUAUGAGACCACUCCAGGGAGAUGAACCCUCCUCACACAGGGGGGCAUGAGUACACACACACAACAGUAUAUAACGCAGGUGCAAACAAACACCACACACACACUCCUCUCUCUCUCCUCUCUCUCUCUCCCUCUCUCAUCUCCCUCUCUCUCCUCUUUCUCCUCCCCCGCUCUCUCUCUCCUCUCUCUCCCGCCUCUCUCUUCAUCUCUCUCUCCUCUCUCCUCAUCUCUCUCUCUCUUCUCAGUCCUCUUUCUCCUCUCUCGUCUCAACUCUCCAUACUCAUCUCCGUCUCUCUCUCAUCUUCUCUCUCAUCUCUCACCUCUUCCAUCCUCUCCUCUCCUCUCUUACUCUCUCCAGUCUCUACCCUCUCUAUCUGCUCUCUCCACUCUACUCUCUACGCUCCUUCUCUCUCUCGUUGCUCUACCCCUGUCUCUAUCCCUCUUGCAGUAAAUCGGGUCCGGAGUAUAGAGACGCUGACAACAUCUAGAAGAGGCCCGACAAAUCUGACAAAAGUCCCUGCUCUGGGGAGAACUGAGACGAGACUAGGGACGACUCGGAAGGAGAAGGAGUAGAGCGAGGGUUUUUAAUUUCGAAUUUUUUCGCUUUUUUUUUUUUUUUUUUUUUUCCUUUUUUCUCUUUUCCGGGGGUCUUUUGGGGGGCCCCCCCCUCGGGAGGGGGGGCCGGUCCGCGUAAUUGGGUGGGCCGGGGGGGGAAGGGUAUGGAUGUGGCGGGGGAAUGGUGGGGUGUUAGGCCGUGAGUUUGAGCUAAUGAGAGGGUGUUUUAAGGUUUGCCAAAAGAGACUCCAGGGGACCCUCCCGGUUUUGGUCACCCGGAUACGGGUGCAAAACCCAACCCGGGGUUUUUUCCUUCCCCUCCCCCUCCCUUUCCUUCCCCCCUCUUUCCGGGUUUUAUUCCUUUUCCCCUCUUCCCCAAAAAACUUUUCAAUCCUUCUACCCAUACUUUUCUAACUCUCUACCCCAAAAAUUAAUCCUUCCCCUCUUCCUUAUAUCCAAAAUUUGACCUAAAAUUUAAAAAUUUCUCCCUAUAACUACUACUCUCCUUCCCGUAACGCAAAACCAACCUUUCCCUUUGAUUUUACUAUAAGGGACCCAAUUUAUUAAAGGGACUUUAAUUUUUUUCAGAAUACGAGUAGAAAACAAGGAAAAGGUAGGAACCCGGGGGAAGGAAAAGUUAAAGGGGUUUGGCCCAGGGAUUUGGCGUGAGAAAGGGACUCAAGAUUUGGGGAAGGCCGGCCAGGUGGAAACCUAGGUAGAAACGCGAAAAGCGGUUAAAAACCCCCAGUCCCCCGGGUUUUUUUUUCGGAGGAAAAAAACCUGGCGCCCCCCCCCCCCUGGACAGUGAAAACCCCAGGUAACUCGGGGAAGAAAGGGCGUAGAGAGAGAGCGGAAUUCGAACAGGGAGUCGAGAGAAUCCGAGACGGGGCAGCAGAAAGGGAGGAAGAGGGUGGGGGGCGAGUAAGAGAUGAGGGAAGCCGGAGGGCGGGGAACGUAAGGGAGGGAGAGAGAUGAUGGGAGGGAGAGAAGGUCUAGGAGAGGACGUAUUUCUGUUUGGCCGUGCACUGCCGAUGAUACGACGAGGAGGGGGUCUGAUGAGAGACCUAGAGUGAACCCCGGACGAAGAAAGUAGGAGAGCUUAGGAAAACGGAAAGAUGCGGUGAGACUUGCAGAGAGAGAUGACGGACGUUGGUGGGGAGUCGAGGCAGAUCGAGGAACCAGAGAGAGGGAGUGAGAGCAGGAGAAGGGAGAGAAGGAGAGAACAUAGGAAGAAGAAAGAGAAAGGAGAGAAGUAGAAAAGGAAGGGGUAAGGAGGAAGAGACGAGGGGAUGAGCUGAAGUAUGAGCAGGCUAGAAAGGAGAGAGGAAGAGAGGAGAAGAGUCGAAGGUGAGGGUGUGAAGAGAAAGGAAAAAGUAUAAAAAUUGAGGCGGGGAGAAAGAGCAGAAAGGGAGACAAGCAGAGAGGAGCAGGGGAGAGGAGGGAGAAGAGGAAAAGAAGGGAAAGAAACCCAAACCCCUGAGUGGUCUAAGCGGAGAGUAUGAAAACAGAAAAUCUGUUUUCCCCUUCCUCCCCCUUCUCCUCCCCCACAAAAAAAGGGGAAGAAAAAGGAAAAGGGGAAAAAGGGGGAAAAAAGGGGAAGAAAAAAAAGGGGGACGAAGGGGAAAAAAAAACCCCCCGGGGUCCCCUUGGGGGAGAGAGUGGAGGGAGAGAAAAGGGGAGCGGGAAAGAGAGAGAGAGAGGAGGAGAAAGGAAGAGAGGAGGGGAAAGGGGAAAUAUAGAGAGGGGGACGAGCAAGAGACAGAGGAGAGAGAGAAGUGUGAUAGGAGAGAAGGCGGGGUAGUGACGAAGCUGGAACAAUAGGGGGAUUGAUGGCUCGGGGUGAGGCGAGAGGAUGGAGCUAGGAGAUGAUUAAUUGAUAAGAGCUUAGAUUGGAGUAGUAGUAGAAGAAUCGAGACACGCAGGUGGACUAAGAAGAGAGAGAGAAGGAUAUUUUAAGCUAUUAAGAUAGGGAGAGAAGAGAGAGAGAGGCGAGAAAGAAGAAAAGGACGACGAUAGACAGAGAGAAGGCAAGAGUGAAGGAAGAGAGAGUAUGUAGUUUAGAGAAGAUAGUUCAUAUUAAACUCCAUCUCCCUGGAGUGGUCUCAUACGCGCUGAGAAUACUGUAAACACAGAACAUCUGUAUAGUUCAUGCAUAUACACAUUCACAGGACAUACGCAGAUACACAUCUGCACCCACACACACGCCAAUAUUCUGUGCACAUACACACAUACCUGGGUUCACACACAGAUGAGUCAUCAUCAGAGGCAUGUGUCCAACUCGUGGCUUCUCCUUCCCACGUCAGUAGAGUAGAAUAGAGACAUAGCAGAACUAUGCAUGGUGUGAAUUAAGACCGGUUGAUUAGAUCAUUAUCAUCACUGAUUUAGAAUAGAGUCAUUUGAGCUUUUGAUGUGAAAUGAUUUAGACAUUUCUGUGAUGGCCUAGGCUGUUACUGUAGCAGUUCGAAGCAGAGUACUCCUUCUUAUGUCACAGCUCCCUCUGGUGGUGUAAAAAAUAAAUGACAGUGCACUUUACUUUAAUAAAUAUGGUAGCAUAGCAUGUGGACUAUGUGGACCUAUAUGUCUCUCUUUGUCCUGUUGCAGGAUCCUGGAUUUCCGCCGUGUCCCUCCUGUAGCCGGUAGACUAUUGAAUAUGACUAAAGAGAUCAAAGACGUCACCAGAGACAAGAAGCUGUGGAGAACCUUCUUCAUAUCACCAGGUACUGAACCAGACACGCUCCACUCCUCUGUUCUCUGUGUCAGUGUCCUAUAGGACAGUAGUCUGAGGUUCAAACACAGCUGUCUUGAGCAAUGUAACUGAAUGAGUAAAACAAGGGAAGCUUAUACAGCUUUAUUCACGGCAGGGGAAUUUAGAGAAACAAGGUAGCUUUGUUCACGUCAGGGGAAUUUAGCGAAACAAGGUAACUUUGUUCACGUCAGGGAAAUUUAGCGAAACAAGGUAGCUUUGUUGACGUCAGGGGAAUUUAUCGAAACAUGGUAGCUUUAUUCACGUCAGGGGAAUUUAGUGAAACAAGAUAGCUUUAUUCACAUCAUGGGAAUUUGGCUAAACAAGCUAGCUUUCUUUAUUCACAUCAGGGGGGUUGAGGCCAGGGCUCUGUGCAGGCCAGUCAAGUUCUUCCACACCGAUCUCGACAAACCAUUUCUGUAUGGACCUAGCUUUGUGCACGGGGGCAUUGUCAUGCUGAAACAGGAAAUGGCCUUCCCCAAACUGUUGCCACAAAGUUGGAAGCCCAGAAUCGUCUAGAAUGUUAUUUUAUGCUGUAGUGUUAAGAUUUCCCUUCACUGGAACUAAGGGGCCUAGCCCGAACCAUGAAAAACCAGACCAUUAUUCCUCCACCAAACCUUACAGUUGACGCUAUGCAUUGGGGCAGGUAGCGUUCUCCUGGCAUCUGCCAAACCCAGAUUUGUCCGUCGGACUGCCAGAUGGUGAAGCAUGAUUAAUCACUCCAGAGAACACGUUUCCACUGCUCCAGAGUCCAAUGGCGGCGAGCUUUACACCACUCCAGCCGAUGCGUGGCGUUGCGCAUGGUGAUCUUAGGCUUGUGUGCGGCUGCUCGACCAUGGAAAUCAAUUUCAUGAAGCUCCUGACGAACAGUUCUUGUGCUGACAUUGCUUCCAGAGGCAGUUUGGAACUCGAUAGUGAGUGUUGCAACCGAGGACAGACGAUUUUUAUGCGUUACGCGCUUCAGCACUUGGCGGUCACGUUCUGUGAGCUUGUGUGGCCUACCACUUUGCAGCUGAGCUGUUGUUGCUCCUAGACGUUUUCACUUCACAAUAACAGCACUUAUAGUUGACCAGGGCAGCUCUAGCAGGGCAUACAUUUGACUAACUGACUUAUUGGAAAGGUGGCAUCUUAUGAUGGUGCCAUGUUGAAAGUCUCUGAGCUCUUCAGUAAGGCCAUUCUACUGACAAUGUUUGUCUAUGGAGAUUGCAUGGCUGUGAGCUUGAUUUUAUACACCUGUCAGCAACGGGUGUGGCUGAAAUUACCGAAUCCACUCAAAAUAAUGGGUGUAGUGUAGCUUUGUUCAUGUCAGGGGAAUUUAGCGAACAAGGUUGCUGUAUUCACGUGAGGGGAACAAAGCAGGGGUGAAAUUUAUGUGCAACUCCUUACGAUAUGAUAUGUGGCUCUUUUCACGCAAGGGGCGCUGAGCAGGAGUUAACAACUUCGGUGAAACGCCACAUGAUAAUUGCAUUUCCAUUUUCGCUUUAGUGUGUUGCACUUGCAUUCAGUACCCACUGGGCACAGACGUCAAUUCAACGUCUAUUCCAUGUUGGUUCAAUGUAAUUUCAUUGAAAUUACGUGGAACCAACAUUGUGCAACCAACUUUCUGUUUCCAGUGGGUAGCGUCUAUGAAUUACAUAAUUAUGCAUAGUAUUGGCGUCAAACGAAAGAACCAAGGACACAGUUGGUUCCUGAUGUAGUGAGGUAUUUACAGAAUAACUGGUGCUGUGAGAUUAGGAUAUCAGGAUUCAAGGAUGCUGUGAGAUUAGGGUAUCAGGAUUCAAGGAUGCUGUGAGAUUAGGAUAUCAGGAUUCAAGGAUGCUGUGAGAUUAGGAUAUCAGGAUUCAAGGAUGCUGUGAGAUUAGGGUAUCAGGAUUCAAGAAUGCUGUGAGAUUAGGGUAUCAGGAUUCAAGGAUGCUGUGAGAUUAGGGUAUCAGGAUUCAAGGAUGCUGUGAGAUCAGGAUUCAAUGAUGCUGUGAGAUUAGGAUAUCAGGAUUCAAGGAUGCUGUGAGAUUAGGAUAUCAGGAUUGUGAUUUAUUAGUUAUCAGGAUUCAGGAUGCGUGGAGAAUCAGGUAGGUGCUGUGGAUUAUAUCAGGAUUCAGAUGUGCUUGUAAGGUAUCAGAGAUUAGAAGGUGCUGGAAUUAUUAAUUGAGCUGGAUUAGAUUCAGGAUUCAAGGAUGCUGUGAGAUUAGGAUACAGGAUUAUGCUGUGAGAGGAUUCAGAAGGAUGCUGUGGGAUUAAGGUUUCAGGAUUCAAGGAUGCUGUGAGAUUAGGGUAUCAGGAUUCAAGGAUGCUGUGAGAUUAGGAUAUCAGGAUUCAAGGAUGCUGUGAGAUUAGGAUAUCAGGACCUAUUUAGGCAAAGUAAUUGUAACAGUAGAGCAAAUGAGGCAAUAUUUGGUCAAAUGAAAUGAAAUGAUUGGCUGCAGUGUUUCCGUUAUAAUGAGGACAUGAUGCUUGGAAUGCUAAGGCAUAAAUGUAUGAAAGUGUGUAUUAUUAUUUUAAAUGUAUGUAGUUCUGUCCUUGAGCUGUUCUUGUCUAUUAACGUUCUGUAUUAUGUUUUGUGUGGACCCCAGGAAGAGUAGCUGCUGCUUUAGCAGUAGCUAAUGGGGAUCCUAAUAAAAUACAAAACAUUAUAAAAAUACAAAAUACAGUAUGAUCAUAUCAACUGUGUUUAAGUUUAAGUACUGUAGAUGGUGCUAUUGGUCACCAAAUUGUCAAAUCAAUAUCACCAACUAAGCCAUUCAUAUCAACUCUGUCAUUUCUCAGCCAACAACAUCUGUUUCUACGGGGAGUGUUCGUACUACUGCUCUACGGAGCAUGCUCUGUGCGGUAAGCCAGACCAGAUCGAGGGUUCCCUGGCUGCCUUCCUCCCAGACCUUACCCUGGCCAAACGCAAGACCUGGAGAAACCCCUGGAGACGAUCCUACAACAAACGCAAGAAAGCAGAGUAAGACACCAAUACAAGGAUGACAUAUUAUAACAAAAAAUAGAGUGGUGCAUUUAUAUACAGGCUUAUACAUCCAUGUAGAGUUUGAAGAGUUGAAGAUGUUGAACAGUUUGAUUUUAAGGUUGUUCACUCGAUAGGUGUAUUUACAUACUGAAUAUAGGUUAUUAAGGUGCUGAUGAGUACUCUGCUGUGUGUGUGUGUGUGUGUGUGUGUGUGUGUGUGUGUGUGUGUGUGUGUGUGUGUGUGUGUGUGUGUGUGUGUGUAGGUGGGAGGUGGACCCUGACUACUGUGAAGAGGUAAAACAGACCCCGCCCUACAACAACGGCACCCGUCUACUGGACAUCAUGGACAUGACCAUCUUUGACUUCCUCAUGGGUGAGACGACACCUCCUAAUACAUACAGACAUCAGUCGAGGCUAUUUGAAAUGUAGCUAUGUAGCCUCUGUUUUCGUCACGCUAGCUGAUACGUAUGUGUGUUUGUAGCAGUGGAGGCUCCUCGGGGGAGGAAGGGGAGGACCAUCCUCCUUAGUGAAUUUCAGAAAAAUAAAAAGGGUAAAACAUUAAAAAAAGUUAUCCUUUUUAGAUAAAACUAUACUAAAUAUAUUCACGUCACCAAAUAAUUGAUUAAAACAUACUAUUUUGCAAUGGAGGUCUACAGUAGCCUCAACAGUACUCUGUAGGGUAUCACCAUGGUGUAGCCGGAGGACAGCUAGCUUCCGUCCUCCUCUGGGUACAUUGACUUCAAUAAAAAACCUAGGAGGCUCAUGGUUCUCACCCCCUUCCAUAGACUUACACAGUAAUUAUGACAGCCUCCAGAGGACGUCCUCCAACCUAUCAGAGCUCUUGCAGCAUGAACUGACAUGUUGUCCACCCAAUCAAAGGAUCAGAGAAUCAAUCUAGUACUGAAAGCAUAAGCUACAGCUAGCUAGCACUGCAGUGCAUAAAAUGUGGUGAGUAGUUGACUCAAAGAGCGAGAAAGACAAUAGUUGAACAGUUUUGAACAAAUUAAUUUCUUCCAAAAUGAAGGAGAAACAAGAGAGAGCGUUAUAGAGAUUUCAUCAUCAUCAUUUUUUUUUUUUACUUUCAGUUUCACUUACUUAGCUAGCAAAUGCAGCUAGCUAGUGUAGUCUACUCAAACACCCUUCUCAAACAGAGGGAUGCUAUGUUAGCUAGCUGGCUAUGACUAUCCAACACAACACUGGAACUCUUCCAAGUCAAGGUAAGCUUUUGGUUUUACUCAUUUAUUGCCACAGGGGGCUGCCAGUGUAAGUGCUAAACUGCUUACUGACUGUACACUGUAAUGGUACUGCAUGAUUGUAGCGGGUUUACUAACGUGUUAUUAUAGCUAUGUUGACUAUGACGUUACUUUAGCUAAUAUGGUGACAACGAUGUAAGCUGUCUGUAGCGGUUAUGAUAUGGUUUGGCUUGGAAAGCUGAUGUGUUGUGCAUUGAAGUCCAUAAGCGAAGGGUCAAGGUGAGAGGAGGAUAGCGCAUAGAUGCGAGAAGGAAUACAACAUGGCUGCUAUGAAAGUGAACUGUGUUUACGUUUGAUCAGGGGUGUAUUCAUUCUGCCGAUUCUGUUGAAAAACGUUUCUUAAACAGAAUCAAACAAAACUAAACAGAGAUAAACAUACCUGAAUCUACCCACAUGUACAUAUUACCUCAAUUACCUUGACUAGCCGGUGCCCCCGCACAUUGACUCUGCACGGUACCCCCCUGUAUAUAGCCUCCCUACUGUUAUUUUAUUUUACUGCUGCUCUUUAGUUAUUUGCUUUUAUUUUUUUACUUAACACUUUUAUUUAUUUUUACCAAAAAAAAUGCAUUGUUGGUUAAGGGCUUGUAAGUAAGCAUUUCACUGUAAUGUCUACACCUGUUGUAUUCGGCGCAUGUGGCAAAUACAUUUGGAUUUGAUUUGAUUUGAUUUGAUUUGAAACUCUCGUUUGCAACUGUUGGACUAAUGAUUACACCCUAGAUUAGCUAGAUGCAGGCAAGAGUGGUAUUGAAUGUGUCACUGUCUAUCACCUAAACAUUUUCUCUCGACCUGUGCACCUACGUUGUAAACUUUCAUUCAUAGGUUAGGUUGUAGUAACCUCAUGAUGGGUAUAGGGAAAAUGUUGGUAUCAUGUAGUAGCCUAAACCCAUCACUGUUACAUUGAACUGGGUGAAUGGAAUAUGAAUGACAGUCAUCCAAUAUGCUGUAAUAGAAAUAAGGCCAUGCUCAUGAAAAAACAAUGGUCCUCCCUCAUCUUAAACGGCACUGACCGCCACUGACACACACACACACACACACACACACACACACACACACACACACACACACACACACACACACACACACACACACUGUAGGGGAGAGUGGGGUAAGGUGAACCAUUCAGCAUCACUCCAUUCAGCAUCAGCAUCACUCCAUCAAGGGAGAUAUAUAUACUACAGUUUUUUACAAUCACUUUGGCACUAAUUUCAGAACCUUGACGUCAUUUUUCAAAACUCUAGACACAAAACUCAAAACGGUCAUCACUUGUAACACAGGCUGUCCAAUGUUCAAAACAUUGCAUUGUGCAUUCAUAUCUUUAAAUAAAUCUUGCACUUGCACAAUCAUUGGUUAAAAAAACAAAUGUAUUGUGAAAACCAAUGAAACGUUAAUUUAGAUCACCCACACACAAGCAACCGAUAGUUCCACUGUGUCAUUGUUCGUACGAUCAUUAAAUAUUGUAGUACAAAAUAGGUGAUACAUGUUUCAUUAUGGUACUACAUGUAAAUACAUCCCUGUAAAAGUACUGCAGUAGUAGAGAGAAUACUAUAGACACAGUGGAAUCAUUGAACAAAAUCUGAAAUAUAUUGAUGAAAAACAAUACAGUACUGUAAAACAUCAAAUGCAGUGUUCCUCAACUUGCUUGCUUGUACUGUAAAAAGCAAAACAUAGGAGUGAUUACUGUACUUCUACAUUUUCAUCAACUCUGUCUUGUGGAUUUGGCCACAGGUUCUCAUCUACAUCACAAUGGAUGUUUUCAUUAGCCAAACAUCUUGGAAAAAACCUUCGGCCAUGGCGAAUCCAGGCCUGACACUGGUCUGCCGUGAUGUCAUUGCAUGCAUCAUCCAUGGCCUGGAGAAGAGUGACUUGUUCAUGAGGGCGCCUAUCAUAAACCUUCCAUCUCCAUGUGGAGAAAAAUUCCUCAAUCGGGUUAAGGAAAGGAGAGUAUGGGGGUAAAUACAGGGUGGUAAAUUGUGCAUGGGCCUGAAACCAUGCUUUCACCAUAUGAGCAUGGUGGAACCUGACAUUAUCCCAUACAAUGACAUAGGUCACGCCAUCAGCUCUACAGACCUGAUCGAGCUCAUCAAGGAAGUUUACAAGGGGACCAUAGAAACGGUGUCUGAUAAAGAAUGAUGAUGAAAUAUUACAUCCAUAGAUAAUGUAGUCUAAUUGGUUCAUGCUCCACGCUAAUUGGUGGCAAUGAAUCUCGUUAUCUUGAAACUUUCAUGAUCUAAACAUGGAAUAUUGUUUGUCUGUUUCCAUACAACUAUGCAUUAAGAGCAAUGCAACAGUUACUUAUCAUUUUGAGCAGUUGUAUCAAUUGAUAGUUGGAUAAUUGUAAUGAAAUGAAUAGACACUCAUCUGAAAUGUAAUGUGUGAAUUGCCUUUUGAAAUAGUAGUACUUUGAUGUUAAGUUGUGUCAUAUUGAACAGGUGAUUAUUGUUAAAUAAACAAAUUAUUUUAGUUUUAUGUGUAUUGUAUCCAAGCAAUUGAAAAAAGUGUUAGAGUUUUGAAAAAUGUGCAUUUUGAUCAUUGGUUGAGUUUUGUGUCUAGAGUUUUGAAAAAUGACGUCAAGGUUCUGAAAUUAGUGCCAAAGUGAUUGUAAAAAACUGUAAACAAAAAUAUAAACGCAACAUGCAACAAUUUAAAUGAUUUUACUGAGUUACAAUUGAGAAUUGAGAAUCUGUGGUAUGACUUAAAGAUUGCUGUACACCAGCGGAGCCCAUCCAACUUGAAGGAGCUGGAGCAGUUUUGCCUUGAAGAAUGGGCAAAUAUCCCAGUGGCUAGAUGUGCCAAGCUUAUACAGACAUACCCCAAGAGACUUGCAGCUGUAAUUGCUGCAAAAGGUGGCUCUACAAAGUAUUGACUUUGGGGGGGUGAAUAGUUAUGCACGCUCAAGUGUUCUGUUUUUUUGUCUUAUUUCUUGUUUGUUUCACAAGAAAAAAUAUUUUGCAUCUUCAAAGCGGUAGGCAUGUUGUGUAAAUCAAAUGAUACAACCCCCCCCAAAAUCCAUUUGAAUUCCAGGUUGUAAGGCAACAAAAUAGGAAAAAUGCCAAGGGGGGUGAAUACUUUUGCAAGCCACUGUAUAUGUACAGUUGAAGUCGGAAGUGUACAUACGCCUUAGCCAAAUACAUUUAAACAAGGUCCCCUGUAGCUCAUUUAAAUGAUUUUACUGAGUUACAGUUCAUAUAAGGAAAUCAGUCAAUUGAAAUACAUUCAUUAGGCCCUAAUCUAUGGAUUUCACAUGACUGGGCAGGGGCGCAGCAAUGGGUGGGCCUGGGAGGGCAUAGGCCCACCCACAGCCAAUCAGAAUGAGCUUUUCUUCACAAAGGGCUUUAUUACAGACAGAAAUACUCCUCAGUUGAAUCAGCUGUCCGGGUGGCGGUGAUCCCGUAGGUGAAGAAGACGGAUGUGGAGGUCCUGGGCUGGUGUGGUUAUACGUGGUCUGCGGAAAUGAUUAAAAGACAAAAAAAAGUGGUGAUUGUGUUGAAUUGUGUCUGGGAAAUAAAGAUAAGACAUGGUUUUAAAAAGGUAGUGGUAAUAUUUCAUUCAGUACAGAAAUGUGUUGGAGGCUUAACUUACGCUGUCCCGCGGCUCAACUUACUAUAAAACGACGUUGGAGGUGGCUUAUGGUAGAGAAAUGAAUAUUCAAUUCUCUGGCAACAGAUCUAGUGGACAUUCCUGGAAUCAGCAUUCCAAUUGCACGCUCCCUCAUAACAUGAGACAUCUGUGGAAUUGUGUUGUGUGACAAAACUUCCCAUUUUAGAGAGGCCUUUUAUUGUCCUCAGCACAAGGUGCACCUGUGUAAUGAUCAUGCUGUUUAAUCAGUUUCUUGAUAUGCCAAAAUUCAUGUAAAGUGUAAUGUUUACAUGAAUUCUGAUUAUUCCCAGGGAUAUACAACAUCCUGAAAUACAAUGCCUUGCAAAAGUAUUCAGCCCCCUUUGCGAAUGUCCUAUUUUGUUACAUUACAACCUGUAAUUUAAAUUGAUUUUUAUGUGGAUGUCAUGUAAUGGACAUAAACAAAAUCGUCCAAAUUGGUGAAGUGAAAUGAAAGAAAUAACUUGUUUAAAAAAAAAUAGAUAACGGAAAAGUGUUGUGUGCAUAUGGAUUCACCCCCUUUGCUAUGAAGCCCUUAAACAAGAUCUGGUGCAACCAAUUACCUUCAGAAGUCACAUAAUUAGUUAAAUAAAGUCCACCUGUGUGCAAUCUAAGUGUCACAUGAUCUGUCACAUGAUCUCAGUAUAUAUACACCUGUUCUGAAAGGCCUCAGAGUAUGCAACACCACUAAGCAAGGGCCAUCACCAAGCAAGCGGCACCAUGAAGACCAAGGAGCUCUCCAAACAGGUAAGGGACAAAGUUGUGGAGAAGUACAGAUCAGGGUUGGGUUAUAAAAAAAUAUCAGAAACUUUGAACAUCCCACGGAGCACCAUUACAUCCAUUAUAAAAAAAUUGAAAGAAUAUGGCACCACAACAAACAAAGAGAGGGCCGCCCACCAAAACUCACGGCCCAGGCAAGGAGGGCAUUAAUCAGAGAGGCAACAAAGAGACCAAAGAUAACCCUGAAGGAGCUGCAAAGCUCCACAGCGGAGAUUGGAGUAUCUGUCCAUAGGACCACUUUAAGCCAUACACUCCACAGAGCUGGGCUUUACGGAAGAGUGGCCAGAAAAAAGCCAUUGCUUAAAGAGGAAAAUAAGCAAACACGUUUGGUGUUCGCCAAAAGGCAUGUGGGAGACUCCCCAAACAUAUGGAAGAAGGUACUCUGGUCAGAUGAGACUCAAAUUGAGCUUUUUGGCCAUCAAGGAAAACGCUAUGUCUGGCGCAAACCCAACACCUCUCAUCACCCCGAGAACACCAUCCCCACAAUGAAGCAUGGUGGUGGCAGCAUCAUGCUGUGGGGAUGUUUUUCCAUCGGCAGGGACUGGGAAACUGGUCAGAAUUGAAGGAAUGAUGGAUGGCGCUAAAUACAGGGAAAUUCCUGAGGGAAACCUGUUUCAGUCUUCCAGAGAUUUGAGACUGGAACGGAGGUUCACCUUCCAGCAGGACAGUGACCCUAAGCAUACUGCUAAAGCAACACUCGAGUGGUUUAGGGGGAAACAUUUAAAUGUCUUGGAAUGGCCUAGUCAAAGCUCAGACCUCAAUCCAAUUGAGAAUCUGUUGUAUAACUUAAAGAUUGCUGUACACCAGCGGAGCCUAUCCAACUUGAAGGAGCUGGAGCAGUUUUGCCUUGAAGAAUGGGCAAAGAUCCCAGUGGCUAGAUGUGCCAAGCUUAUACAGACAUACCCCAAAAGACUUGCAGCUGUAAUUGCUGCAAAAGGUGGCUCUACAAAGUAUUGACUUUGGGGGGGUGAAUAGUUAUGCACGCUCAAGUGUUCUGUUUUUUUGUCUUAUUUCUUGUUUGUUUCACAAGAAAAAAUAUUUUGCAUCUUCAAAGUGGUAGGCAUGUUGUGUAAAUCAAAUGAUACAAACCCCCAAAAAAUCAAUUUGAAUUCCAGGUUGUAAGGCAACAAAAUAGGAAAAAUGCCAAGGGGGGUGAAUACUUUUGCAAGCCACUGUAUAUGUACAGUUGAAGUCGGAAGUGUACAUACGCCUUAGCCAAAUACAGUUAAACAAGGUCCCCUGUAGCUCAGUUGGUAGAGCAUGGCGCCUGCAACGCCAGGGUUGUGGGUUCGUUUCCCACGGGGGGCCAGUAUGAAAAAUGUAUGCACUCACUAACUGUAUUGUCUGCUAAAAUGUAAACUCAGUUUUUCACAAUUUCUGACAUUUAAUCCUAGUAAAAAUUCCCUGUAUAGGUCAGUUAGGAUCACCACUUUAUUUUAAGAAUGUGAAAUGUCAGAAUAAUAGUAGAGAGAAUGAUUUAUUUCAGCUUUUAUUUCUUUCAUCACAUUCCCAGUGGGUCAGAUUUUUACGGACACUCAAUUAGUAUUUGGUAGCAUUGCCUUUAAAUUGUUAACUUGGGUCAAACGUUUCGGGUAGCCUUCCACAAGCUUCCCACAAUAAGUUGGGUGAAUUUUGGCCCAUUCCUCCUGACAGAGCUUGAGGUCAGGGCUUUGUGAUGGCCACUCCAAUACCUUGACUUUGUUGUCCUUAAGCCAUUUUGCCACAACUUUGGAAGUAUGCUUGGGGUCAUUGUCCAUUUGGAAGACCCAUUUGCAACCAAGCUUUAACUUCCUGACUGAUGUCUUGAGAUGUUGCUUCAAUAUAGCCACAUAAUUUUCCUUCCUCAUGAUGCUAUCUAUUUUGUGAAGUGCACCAGUCCCUCCUGCAGCAAAGCACCCCCGCAGCAUGAUGCUGCCACCCACGUGCUUCACGGUUGGGAUGGUGUUCUUCGGCUUGCAAGCAGCUCCCUUUUCCCUCCAAACAUAACGAUGGUCAUUAUGGCCAAACAGUUCUAUUUUUGUUUCAUCAGGCCAGAGGACAUUUCUCCAAAAAGUACGAUCUUUGUCCCCAUGUGCAGUUGCAAACCGUAGUCUGGCUUUUUUAUGGUGGUUUUGGAGCAGUGGCUUCUUCCUUGCUGAGCGGCCUUUCAGGUUAUGUCGAAAUAGGACUUGUUUUACUGUGGAUAUAGAUAAUUUUGUACCUGUUUCCUCCAGCAUCUUCACAAGGUCCUUUGCUGCUGUUCUGGGAUUGAUUUGCACUUUUCGCACCAAAGUACGUUCAUCUCUAGGAGACAGAACGCGUCUCCUUCCUGAGCGGUAUGACGGCUGCGUGGUCCCAUGGUGUUUAUACUUGCGUACUAUUGUUUGUACAGAUGAACGUGGUACCUUCAGGCAUUUGGAAAUUGCUCCCAAGGAUGAACCAGAUUUGUGGAGGUCUAUAAUUGUUUUUCUGAGGUCUUGGCUGAUUUCUUUAGAUUUUCCCAUGAUGUCAAGCAAAGAGGCACUGAGUUUGAAGGUAGGCCUUGAAAUACAUCCACAGGUACACCUCCAAUUGACUCAAAUGAUGUAAAUUAGCCUAUCAGAAGCUUCUAAAGCCAUGACAUCAUUUUCUGGAAUUUUCUAAGCUGUUUAAAGCACAGUCAACUUCUGACCCACUGGAAUUGUGAUACAGUGAAUUAUAAGUGAAAUAAUCUGUCUGUAAACAAUUGUUGGACAAAUUACUUGUGUCAUGCACAAAGUAGAUGUCCUAACCGACUUGCCAAAACUAUCGGUUGUUUACAAGAAAUGUGUGGAGUGGUUGAAAAACAAGUUUUAAUGACUCCAACCUAAGUGUAUGUAAACUUCCGACUUCAACUGUAGAUAUCUUUGUUAGAAAGAAUACUAUACUGAACAGAAAUAUAAACGCAACAUGUGAAGUGUUGGUCCCGUGUUUCAUGAGCUGAAAUAAAAGAUCCCAGAAAUGUUCCAUACGCAACAAAAGCAUAUUUCUGUCAAAUUUUGUGCACAAAUUUGUUUACAUCCCUAUUAGUGAGCAUUUCUAUUUUGCCAAUAUUAUCCAUCCACCUGACAGGGUAAGUAAAGCCUCCAACACAUUUUUGUACUGAAUUAAAUAUUACCACUACCUUUUUAAAACCAUGUCUUAUCUUUAUUUCCUAGACAAAAUUCAACACAAUCACCAUCACUUUUUUGUCUUUUAAUCAUAAUAAGCAUAUUUUAACACAGGCUUAACACCUAACACUUUGUACUUUUUAAAACACCUUUAACAUAAGCCAGGCCCUGUUGUUACCUCAUAUCCCAGCGAUAAGGUCUUGCAUUACACCUGAGAAGAAAACACUUCAAUAUGCUCAACUUGUCAUCAGUCAAUCAUUUAAAAUUUUGUCACAAAGUGGAACUCUUAUAAUCUCCACCCGGCACAGCCAGAAAAGGACUGGCCACCCCUCAGAGCCUGGUUCCUCUCUAGGUUUCUUCCUAGGUUCCUGCCUUUCUAUGGAGUUUUUCCUCGCCACCGUGCUUCUACAUCUGCAUUGCUUGCUCUUUGGGGUUUUAGGCUCAGUUUCUGUUUAAGCACUUUGUGACAUCUGCUGAUGUAAAAAGGGCUUUAUAAAAUACAUUUGAUUGAUUGAUUGAUUGAAGUGCUUAUACAAAAACUGCUCUUUAAAUAUUUUUGAUAUGUUCGUCAAAAGUGAAAUCAGGGUCAAGAGAAACGCAGAGGUCCUUCACAGUUUUAUUUGAUACGACUGUACAACCAUUGACAUUCAUUGUCAGAUCCGACAGCAGAUCUCUUUGUUUCUUGGGACCUAGAACUAGCAUCUCUGUUUUGUCCAAGUUUAAAAGUAAAACAUUUGCUUUCCACUUCCUUAUGUCUGAAACACAGGCUUCCAGGGUAGGCAAUUUUGGGGCUUCACCAUGUUUCAACGAAAUGUACUGCUGUGUGUCAUCUUCAUAACUGUGAAAGUUGACAGUAUGUUUCCGAAUGACAUCACCAAGAGGUAGCAUAUUUAGUGAAAACAAUAGUGGUCCUAGAACGGAACCUUGAGGAACACCGAAACUUAACAUUGAUUUGUCAGAGGACAAACCAUCCACAGAGACAAACUGAUAUCUUUCCAACAGAAAACAUCUAAACAAGGCAAGAACUUGUCCGCAUAGACCAAUUAGGGUUUCCAAUCACAAAGCACUAUAUUAGCCCACACACAGCUACAAAGAUGCACUUUCAUGCUAGGUUUGGGACCUCAUAUUGAAGCUUAUAGAGACCCCAACUGAUAUAUAGAACAACCUUACAAUUAUCUACUUUGGUUUAGAUACAAGCAUCAUGAAACCUCUAACACAAUAAAUUCAUUUGACUUGGUGAAAAUCUGUUUUUUUGGACCUAACUUGCUUACCACUUUUUCUAUGUGGCUUCUUGGUUCACAGACUCCAUGAAAUGAUGACCUCUUCAUAAAUAUGUGGUCAAAUUAUUAAUUUUGUGUAUGGUUUCCUAGAAACAAGGGUGGCUCAACUUACCCCUUUGGCUGAACUUACCACACUCUCCCCUACAACUUCAACAUGGCUCCCUUUCUAAAAUGACAUCUCUCCUUAGGCAACAUGGAUCGUCAUCACUACGAGACGUUUGAGAAGUUUGGCAACGAGAGCUUCAUCAUCCAUCUCGACAAUGGGAGAGGGUUUGGAAAGCAUUCCCAUGAUGAGGUGUCUAUUCUGGUGCCUUUAAGCCAAUGUUGCAGGUUAGCGACUUUUUUAAUAUUUUCCAUCAACUGACAUGUUUGAUGUAUCAAACAUGUCAGUUGAUGCAGACAUCAAGAGCAUUUACUUGGACAAAAGGGCUUACCAAUUAAACGUGUCCAAAAGGACUAAUUAGAGGCAGAAAGAAGUUGGAGCUCUGACCGAAAUGUCAGACACCUGAAUUCAUCCUGAACAAUGAGAAAUAAGAAAUGAAUCUCUGCCUUUUUUGUUGAGUGCUCCAAAUCCUUUCUACCUCGAAUUAGUCCUUUUGGAAGUUUUUCUUGGUAAGCCCUUUUGUUGGAUUUUUGUCAUAGUUGUCGAGCACCCCUCCUACUUUUCUUUGUUUGUUGUAGAGCAGAGGCUCUUAGCAUUUACUUGAAUUAGGACUGGUGAACUGCAAUGCACUUAACCUGAGUUUUCACUUAUGAGAAGUUUAUGACUAUAUGAAGUCGUAAUCUAACAACAUUAAUAAACUUCCUCCAUUCCCUCCUGUCCCUCCAGAGUGAAGAAGUCGACCCACCUGCGUCUGCAGCUGCUGGCUAAGGAGGAGUACCUGCUGAGUGGUCUGAUGUCCGAGUCUCUGCUGAGGGACAAACUGACCCCCAUCCUCAUCCAGCCCCACCUGAAGGCUAUGGACAGACGACUACGCUACACACUCAACAUCCUGGCAGACUGCAUCGAGAAGGAGGGCUAUAGUAAUGUUGUGGAGGAUGACCUGGCGGGGGAGAGGGAGGGGGGGCACACAUCACCCAGGGGA